GUUCUUCUCUAUUACCGCAGAUCUUACUAUCAGCAGUGUUAUCAGUUAGCAAAUCCAUUAUUCCAUUUUCAGUCCUUAGUCUUUACUGUACUUUCAUCCUCCGCUGGGAAUAUUCUGAGGUUCCAUGAAAUGAGCUCAGCACAAUCACAGGAGCAGCCUGGCAUGUGUCAUGGUACCUCCAAACCGCGGCUAGAUAUCAGACCCAAAGUGCAGCACUAUCGCGCAGCAGGACCCGCUCUCCAACAGAUUCAAUUUCUGCAUCCAGCCUAUCCUGAUACCGAGAACCUUUUACUUAUUCUCCCUGCUUUCGAUUCUGGAGGUAUUCAUCAUGGAACCGCCCGAAUUGCUUGUGCGAUCCUCGCCAAUUGUCACUGGGACGGAUAUCUCUCUACGAGUCGACAUGGUCCUAGAAUUACUCUUGGCAUGGAUGAGAUCCUGAUGAAUCCCACUUACUACUUUCGUAUUGAUGAAGAUACCGAUUAUGCUGUGACCCCAUCCUUCGAGCACUUUGUGUUUCCGCCCACCCUACCUGAUUACUGGCAAAAUGCGCCAAUCAACCCCACUACCACUGACCGGGUUCAUGAACGCGACCAGACUUGUCGUAUCUCAUGCUCUACCUUGCCAAAUGAGGUGGCCCACGUUAUCCCUGUAACGCAGGAGGAAUGGUGGCGGCAGAACAUGAUGUACAUGCGUACCCUGAGACCCGAUAGCAGUCUAGAUACCAACUGUGCCGACAAUGCUAUACUGCUGAGGAGAGACCUGCAUUUUCUUUGGGAUAGUCACAAGUUUGCGAUCGUACCAAAGGAAGAGAAAUGGGUAGUGCAUAUUCUGAACAGCCAGGCAACAACCGAAUUGCAGGAACGAUAUCACAAUAUUGAGACCCAACCGAUUAUAGGGGUACCAGCAGAGUUUCUCUUCGCUCGUUUCGCUCUCGCAAUCUUCGCCGGGAAGGGUAUCUUCACAAAACAAGGAUCCUCGCGUAAACUCAACCUGAAGCUGUCAGACGGGAGACUGCAACCAAAAGUUUUAAGCGACAAAGGAUGCCGUUUGCAAUUCGGUUCACGAAGCAAGAGCAGAAGCCAGAGUGCUACAAAGAGGCAGAGGGCAGCCGGUGGCGAGGACAAUAAUGAUUGGGAACAAGAAAUUCUGGGCUCAGGGUCGUGGAAACUGUCGAAAAAGCGUCGACGAGAAUCAUCAUCAUCAUCAUUUGAUGAGCGAAGUUCGGGGGACGAGUACAUCGAUGACAGCUCAAGCGAGGAAGAAGAAGACCGAGGUCGACCAAGGCAGCGACACUACUGUGCCUCUGACUUCGGUGAGAAGUCGACUGUAUCCUCGGUGUCAGUACCCGGUACCUGUAUCAAUGGUGCAACCAUAGACGCGGCUUCUGUUGAAUACUCCAGGAAGGGAUCGAAUGCUGCUGUAACAACAAUUACAGAGAAAUCUUGUAGCAAGGCAGAUGUGACUGACGCAUGAGAUAAUAGUAACGCAGU